UUGUACAUUUUCUUUCAGACGCAACUACUCUGAGAUUGAGCUACUCUUUCAGCUUCUGAGAGCCUUCACUGGUCGCUUCCUGUGCAACAUGACCUUCCUGAAGGAAUACAUGGAGGAGGAAAUCCCAAAGAACUACAGCAUCACACACAAACGAGCGCUCUUCUUCCGCUUCGUGGAGUUCAAUGACCCACACUUCAAUGAUGAGCUCAAGGCAAAGGUGUUGCAGCACAUCCUGAACCCAGCCUUCCUAUACAGCUUUGAGAAAGGAGAAGGCGAGCAACUGUUGGGGCCACCCAAUCCAGAGGGUGACAACCCUGAGAGCAUCACUAGUGUCUUCAUCACCAAGGUUCUUGAUCCUGAGAAGCAGGCAGAUCUGGCCGACUCAUUGAGGAUCUACUUGCUUCAGUUCUCAACCCUGCUGGUAGAGCAUGCUCCUCAUCACAUCCAUGACAACAACAAGAGCAGAAACAGCAAGCUGAGGCGUCUCAUGACCUUCGCUUGGCCUUGCCUGCUCCCCAAAACCUGCGCCUUGAAGAUCUUGGAGAAGAUCGCCAUAUCCUGUUCAUCUCACUUCCCUCUUCAUUAUAUCCAGUGCCUUUCCAAGUAG